AUUUUGCUUGAGUCAGAGAGCAGUUCUGGUUUUCUUCGAGCGGGUUCGGGUUUUUCUUGCUAUAUUCUACAAGUUUUCAAAUAUCUUUUUAAAUUUUAAACUGGUAAUUGAACACUACAUACACUGUUUACAUCAUAUGUAUGCAGUUACAUUGAAACACGGACGUGAAUACCACGGUAAUAAACGGCCGUGUGAACGCUUAGCUAACGAUAAGGUUGCUAACCGUCCAAGGUUUCGCUAGGCCUCUGUUAUGUACACGAGCUAAAAAGUGCUCAUCUAUUAAUCAUAAUAAUUUAAGAGUUCACAUUUUUAAACUAGACACCAGUUAGCCAGGUUAGCUAUAAAGUCAAGGCAUUUUCCGACUGGGAGUCACGUAGUUCAUUAGCUUUGAGACACUUUUUGUAAUUCAACAGUAAGUAUGUGAAUGUUUUCUUGGCUGUCUUGGUCUUUAAAUUCAUAUUUUCCUCGAGUUUGAGAUUCGUUAUUGUUAUCUGAGUGUUUCGGUUUAAUUGCUGUUUGUGUCCUAAUUAAGAUGAUAUUUAAGGCCAGUCGUCACUGGCAGGCGGAGGCCUCCCAAAAACGACACUUGUAGAUUUUCCUGCAUGAGACACUUGAAGUGUAAAAGUGUGUCAGUGUGUCCGAGCACACUUGUUUCCUGUUGCUGUGUGAAGUGUUUGUCCUGUUUGUCUUUCAAUAACCACUGUUCAGUUCCCCGGGGAGUGUUUCUGAUGUAUUUGUAGGUUUAAACCCGUCCUCUUGGCCCUCUUUGGGGAUCCCUGGAUCCGGAUAAUUUGCCCCCAGUUGAUUGGCAGAAGAUUUUUUUUUCUCCAGCAUUUGGUAAUCAAGACGUGAAAGUCCUGCACGGGUUUCCUCCCAACCUCCAGCAUUCAAAUGUCACAAAAUGUGUAAAAUGCCAACAAGCCCAAGAAGAAGCUGAGGAUUUCCCCACCAACCACGCCACCUUUCUCAACUUUUUUCCCACAUCACUUAGUUUCUUCUAUUUUUUUCUUGUUCAUGCUGUUUAUGUCCCCCUACUUAUUUAUUUCAGUAGCCACCAAAUAGUAUCAAUGAUGAUUUACAAGCAAUGGCCAAAGGACUUUAUUGCAUCAGCAUCAGUAUUGUUUAGCGGUUUGGCAGAGAUCAGGAUGUCUCAGAAAUGGGAUGUCGUAGGAAGACUAAUGUCUUUGGGAGACCCACCCCACUUUUCCUCUUAUCUCAUGGAUCAAGUGUUCCUUCAGGAUUUCCUUACUACUGUGGAGACUCCGAACCAGCUGUGCACUCGAGGCAGACCACUUCUCUACUACCUCAGGGAGGUUCCUGUCGGCCCAUAAGAGAAGCAGCUGCUGGGUUUAGAGGUCGUUCCUUUACUACAGCUUUACUAUGACCAGCCAUGGAGACGACUGCUACUUCUUUUACUAUUCUACCUGCAGCAAAGGAGACAGCUGUCCGUUCAGACACUGCGAGGCAGCUAUGGGCAGCGAGACCACCUGCAGCCUCUGGGAGGAAGGACGCUGCUUUCGUGCCGUCUGCAAGUUUCGCCACAUGGAAAUAACGAAAAAUCGGAAGGAGAUCCCGUGUUACUGGGAGAAGCAGCCGGCAGGCUGCCAGAAGCCACACUGUGCCUUCUACCAUGAAAAGCCUCGCUGCAUAGAAGGCGUCUUUGUCCAGCCUGAUAAAAGUGAGUUUAAACACACACUUUACAUCCACUACAGCAAGAUGCUGAUGAGCAGGGCGAAUACGAUUGUGAGUGAUGAUGUAGAGAUUAAAAGCUCACUGCUCGUCCUCGACAUAGAUCUGAGAAGUGCAGAAGAUGUCCCCCUGAAAAGGAGUCUGGCUAAGCGUUUGGGUAGGGUGGUGGAUGUGGACCAACCAUUCCUGCCCCCUCACACAGCUCUCAAACCUGUAAAGGAAAGACUUGGAUUGCUUUGUGAUCCUGCUGCACCGACUCAACCAGCUGAGAGCAGUGCGGCGUCACAGAAGGUUCCUGAGCUCAUCCACAUAAAGACUCUGGAGGAGAUCAAGCAGGAGAAGGCGGUGAGGUCCCAGCCCGAGAACCAGAAACACACCAGAGCCACAGAAGCCAGCACUGGAACAAAGCGAGCCAUCGCCUCCAUCUGCAGUGUCAAAACAUUCUCUGAGAUUCUCCACGCCAAGAAGAAAAGACAAGAGGAGGAGCUGGAGCAGAAGCCCCGCCCUGAGGUCAAUCACACCGCAGAGCGAGAUCAGAGCCCGGAGGAGGCCCACACAGCUGGGCCCGAGGUCACCAACGUGGGCCGGAUUCGAGUAAAGACCCUGGAAGAAAUCCGCAUGGAGAAGGCAGCAAGGAGUCAGCUCAAGCAGGCAGCGGACGCUGAAAACGGGAAGAGGUCUGACGCUGAGGAGAGCGGCGCCAAGAAGCCCCGCCUGCUGCGCAUUAAGAAGCUGGCCCCCCAAACUAGCAGCAUCGCAGCAGAGAAGAAGCCACACAGAAGUCCGUCUCCUGAAUCACAGACCAGUAACAACAUCAAGGUGAAGACCUUUGAGGAGAUCAUGCGGGAGAAACGCCUUCGAAAGCAGGAAAUGUUGGAACAAGGCAAAGAGGGCGAACCGGAGCCUUCUCACAAUCAGGAUGCCAGCAGUACCCUCAAAAGGAAGGCUCCUUCAUCACCGCGCUCCUCCUCCUCGCCUUCCUCCAAAACUCCACGAGUUCCUGUUCACAAGCUGAUUACUCUCAGGUCAACGGCUGCACCGCCUGGAAACGGCGUGGCCGCUCCUGAAACAGCAGCCGCUGUUGUUGCUGUGCAGAGCUCUUCACCACAGCGGGCUGGGACAAGGUCCAGCUCCAGGGUCGCUCCAGACAAGAAGGCGUCCACUGCACUGUCCCCACGCGAGCAGCCUCGUGUGACAGGAGCCUCUGCUGCUGAGGAGGCGACGGACACCAAUCAGGAGCCCCCAGAGCACACUGCAGACACCAAAGAGAGACCGAAGCUGAACGUGAAACCGUCUGUGAUGAAGCCUGCAGUGCUGGUGAAGCCUGGCCAGAGGAGGCGGGGGGCGCAGCAGUCUGCUGUAGUUGCUGUUAAACCUCUCAACAGCCCUCCUGCACUGAAAGAGGAGCCACGAAACAGUGACACACAUACUCUCCCAUCCACCGGCGUGGAUGCUCCGCGGGGUCACUUCACCCAGCUGGAGUCUGCCUCCAGCCCAACAGGAGAGGAGCUUCAGACCGUCCCUGUCUUCAAACAGAGUCCAGGCCCCGAGAGCAGUCUGCCCACCAGCGGUGCGACCACCAGAGAGUCCUGCACGGUGCCCCAAAGCUCAGCACAGAAGACGCCCUCUCAGCCCAGAUCAAGGAGGCUCAGCACUGCAGCAUCCCGGGCUGCCUCCACCUCGAGCGCCGCUGCCUCCACCUCUGCCAUGGAUGACUUCGAGGAGCUGAUCAAUGAGUUUACUGACGACCACCUUGAUGAUGACGUGGACCCCAGUAUCGGAGAGGACGACCUGCUGCAAGAGCUUUCUGAAAUGAUUGACAGCUGAGAGGACCCAAUCAGCAGUCUGUGUCUCUCUGGGUAGUGGGACUCUGCUCUGUGGUAGAUGUUGGGCUAUUUAGAUGUAUUUCCUUCUUAAAAUAACUUUUUUUAACCUAUGAGUCCAUAUGUUGCUCUUUACAUUUUCAUCAUCUUCUCUCAAAGACAGACUAUAAUUUCCUCUUCAGGUGAAUAUGUGAUGAUGGGGGAAUUACUCUGCAGGGCCUCAGUCCUCUUCAUCAUGUGUGUUUAUGAUCCCACUCCAACAAAAGCUGUCGUGUUAGAGAUGUGCUUACCACGAUCCCAGGGUUGUGUGGAUGCUGUUCAUGUAGAGAGAAGUUAUAUCUGUGUACUGUGUAUGCACCAGAACUAUGUGUUUGUUCUGUGAGUGGACGAGCCUGUUCACACAUCGUGAUCCGUUUGAUUUCAGCGAGGACUCACAGAACUACGAUGAUCACCGUUUAAAUUAAUUUAUUGGAAAGGCGUGUGUGCAGUCCUUCACAUGUGAUCGAGUCUAUCCCCCUGUGACUGCACUCACUCUAUAUGUUUUAUUAAUGUGUGUUUCUUUCAUCACUUAUGUUUAGUAAUGGACGUCCUUUUAACCUCGAACAGUUGGUGUCGGUGUGUAAGAACUCUCGUUUGUUAUUUAUGAGCAGCUCAGGGACUGUUUCACAUGUUUCUAUGUUCUUUAUACAAUGAAAAAAAGAAAUGGGGGGGCUUUGAUUUUAGCAGUACUGCCUAGAGAUGAUUUUUUGUUUGGUCUGUUAGUAGAUCAGCUUACUUUGUCUCUGUCCUGACCCUCUCACACAGGCUGACUAUUCAGAGUGACUUGUACAUUUAUUAUGUAAAUAAAAAUUAUUUUAAAUUAA